CUUUUUGAUUUCCCCAGAAAAUUUGAGUAACAAAACUCUUCUUCAUCUGGGUUAAAGCCACCAAGCUGCAGAUCCCAUAAUCUCUCUCUCUCUCUAAUCAUCUCUCGCUCGCUGUCUCUCUGCAUCUUAAGCAAAGGUGUAUUUAAUCCUACUAGUUUUGGGGAUCCACAACAAGAUCAUUAGAGUAGGCUGUUACAAGUGUGUUUUAUGACCGCGUAACAGCGCACUUGGUAAUUGAUGUGGCCUCUUUGUUUUCUACUUAACAAGCUAUUAAGAGUUGAAGAGAGGAAUCAGGGGAGAUUAGAAGGACAUGGAGAUUCGACUUCUCCGAGAUACUGCCAAUUCGAUGAUCCGUUGGUGAGUGAUGGAAAGUAUCGAGAUGCAGGGUUGCCAUCCUUUUCCCACAUUGAGGUCCCUCAUGUACAUCAGUUAGCUUCAUGGGAUUGCGGUCUCGCUUGUGUUCUUAUGGUUCUCAGAGCAAGUGGCAUCGCAAGCUGCACUCUUGAGGAUUUGGCUGAGAUUUGCUCCACAAAUAGCAUUUGGACUGUAGAUCUCGCAUAUUUACUGCAGAAGUUCUGUGUGGAAUUUUCCUACUACACGAUAACAUUUGGAGCAAACCCCAAUUAUUCCAUAGAGGAGUUUUACAAGGAGCAGCUCCCUGAAGAUCUGGUGCGUGUGGAUUUGCUCUUCAGGAAAGCACAUGAAUCUGGCAUUAUCAUACAGUGCAGAUCAGUUAGUAUCCAUGAGAUAUCUUGUUUGCUAUUGUCGGGGAACUAUAUUGCCAUUGCGUUAGUCGACCAGGACAAGCUAAGCAAGUCUUGGUUGGAGGAAGUGAUUGUCGCUGGUCUUCACUCCAGCGACUCCUGCUACACUGGUCACUAUAUCGUGAUAUGUGGCUAUGAUGCUGUUAGGGAUGAGUUCGAGAUCAGAGAUCCCGCCAGUUCCAAGAUACAUGAGAGGAUAUCAUCAAAAUGCCUGGAGAAUGCCCGCAAAUCGUUUGGUACAGAUGAAGAUCUUCUCCUGAUAAAUUUGGUGAAUAAGAACCCUAGAACUCCCAAAACCCUCCACUACACUUCCAGUUCCAGAUCCAGGGGAAUCAAUUUUGUCACUGAAGCAACUAUGGAGGAUCGUGUUUUCUCUUCGGUUCACUCAACAGUUUUCAAAGAAUCCGAAUCGCUAGAAGGAAAGUGUGAUAAAAUCGAAGGCUACGAUUUCAAUCAGGGAGUCAAUUACCCAAAGCUUAUGCGAUCCAUGCUCACCACUGGAUUUCAAGCCUCUAAUCUCGGCGAAGCCAUUGAUUUCGUCAAUCAAAUGCUAGACUGGAGACUGGCUGAUGAAACUACAGUAGCUGAAGACUGUAGUGAAGAGGAGAAAGACCCAUCGUAUAGAGAGUCUGUCAAGUGUAAAAUCUUUCUGGGUUUCACUUCCAAUCUUGUUUCUUCUGGUGUUAGAGAUACUAUUCGUUAUCUUGUUCAGCAUCAUAUGGUUGAUGUUAUAGUCACUACAACUGGUGGUGUUGAGGAAGAUCUCAUUAAAUGCCUUGCACCUACAUUUAAAGGUGAUUUCUCUCUACCUGGAGCUUAUCUACGGUCAAAGGGAUUGAACCGAAUUGGGAACUUGCUCGUUCCUAAUGAUAACUACUGCAAGUUUGAGGAUUGGAUCAUUCCUAUAUUUGAUGAGAUGUUGAAGGAACAGAAAGAAGAGAAUGUGUUGUGGACUCCUUCUAAACUGUUAGCACGGCUGGGAAAAGAAAUCAACAAUGAGAGUUCAUACCUUUAUUGGGCAUACAAGAUGAAUAUUCCAGUUUUCUGCCCGGGGUUAACAGAUGGCUCUCUCGGAGAUAUGCUGUAUUUUCACUCCUUUCGUACCUCUGGCCUUAUCAUCGAUGUAGUGCAAGAUAUCAGAGCUAUGAACGGUGAAGCUGUCCAUGCAACUCCGAGAAAGACAGGGAUGAUAAUCCUUGGAGGGGGCUUGCCAAAGCACCACAUAUGUAAUGCCAAUAUGAUGCGUAAUGGUGCGGAUUACGCUGUAUUCAUAAACACCGGGCAAGAAUUUGAUGGGAGCGACUCGGGUGCACGCCCUGAUGAAGCCGUUUCUUGGGGUAAAAUUAGGGGUUCUGCUAAAACCGUUAAGGUAUACUGUGAUGCUACCAUAGCCUUUCCUUUGCUGGUUGCAGAGACAUUUGCCACAAAGAGGGACCAAACCUGUGAGUCUAAGAUUAAGAACUAACUCCUCGUUUUGGCCAUGGAUUCUUAAAGAUUGUUACUUUUAUUUUUACGCUGGUGAAUAUUGACCAUAUAACACUCCACAUUGAUGUGGUUGUGACGCAAAUCUUCUUCUUGCGAAUUGUACUUUAGUUUUUCUUAACUUGAAAUGAUUUUGCAGAUUGUGUUUGUUUAAAAACACGAGUCUUGUGGUCAGUGACCCUUAGCCUUCAAACACAUUGUGGUUUUGUGACAAAUCUCCAUUACGAAGGGUAGAGUAGUAAAUAUGGCUAGUUAUG